AUGCAUCCAGUAUACCAUAAUCAGGAUUUUACUGGGAUCAACCCUGAUGAGCCGAUGGCACUCCCUGGGCGUGUGCUUUCCCAAGCCCCAGUCCCCAGCCCCAGCCAGUCCAGUCUGGCCCAGCAGCCUGGGCCAGUCAGCCCCCAGCCCCAGCCCAGCCCCGUCUCCAGCCUGCCCAGCCUGCCCAGCCUGGCUCAGCCCAGGCCCCAGCCUGGCCCCAGCCCGGGCCCCAGCCUCCGUGCCCCGCCCAGCCUGCCCAGCCUCCGCUCACCAGCCCAGCCUCAGCCUGGCUCAGCCCGCCCAGCCCGGGCUCAGCCCGCCUGCCCGCCUCAGCCUGGCCCAGCCUGGGCCUCAGCUCCCAGCUCCAGCCUGCCAGCCGCCCAGCCUGGCCUCAGCCCGCUCAGCCCGCCUCAGCCUGGCCCAGCCCGCUCAGCCUGGCUCAGCCUGCUCAAAGCCUGCUCAGCCCGGCUCAGCUCGGGCUCACCUGCUCAGCCUGCUCAGCCUGGGCUCAGCCCUGCUCAGCCUCCGCCUCCAGCCUGCCUCAGCCUGCUCAGCCUGGGCUCAGCCUCGCCUCAGCUCAGCUCAGCCUGCCUGCCUCAGCCUCGCUCAGCCUGCCUGCCCAGCCUGCUCAGCCUGCCUCAGCCUGCUCAGCUCAGGGCCUCAGCCUGUCAGCCUGGCUCAGCUCAGCUCAGCCUGGCUCAGCUCACCAGCUCAGCUCACCAGCCUGCUCAGCCUGCUCAGCCUGUCAGCCCAGUCUCCGUGCCCGCCCCAGUCUGCCCGUGCCCGGCUCAGCCCCAGCCCAGCCCCAGCCCUGGCCUGCCCAGCCCGGCCACCAGCCCGCCCCAGCCUGGGCCCCAGCCCUGGCCUGCCCCUGCCCAGCCCUGCCCGCCCAGCCCCGGCUCAGCCACCAGCCUGGGCUCAGCCCCGCUCCAGCUCCGCCCAGCCUCCCGGCUCAGCCUCAGCCAGCCCAGCUCUCAGCCUGCCUCAGCUCCGCCCAGCCUGGCUCCAGCCCGCUCAGCCCAGCCUCAGCCUGGGCCCCAGCCUGCUCGCCUCAGCCUGGCCUCAGCCUGCUCAGCCCGCUCAGCUCACCAGCCUGCCUCAGCCUCAGCCUGCCUGCUCAGCCUGCCUCGCCUCCGCCUGCCGCUCAGCCUGCUCAGCCUGCCUCAGCCCGCUCAGCCUCGGCUCAGCCUGCUCAGCCUGCCUGCCUGCUCAGCCUCGCUCAGCCUCGCUCAGCCUAAGCUCAAAGCCUGCUCAAGCCUGGCUCAAGCCUGCUAA